GCCCCGCCCCGCCGCCUGGCGCGUGACGUCACCGCGCUGCGCACUGUCAGGAGCCGCCAUUGUCCCACCGGUGGCUCCCAGGUGCGGGUUCCCGGCACCAUGAGCAAACGCAAGGCGCCGCAGGAGACCCUCAACGGCGGCAUCACAGACAUGCUCGUGGAACUCGCAAACUUUGAGAAGAACGUGAGCCAGGCAAUCCACAAGUACAACGCGUACAGAAAAGCAGCAUCUGUUAUAGCAAAGUACCCACACAAAAUCAAGAGUGGAGCAGAAGCUAAGAAAUUGCCGGGAGUAGGAACAAAAAUUGCUGAGAAGAUCGAUGAAUUUUUGGCAACUGGAAAAUUGCGUAAACUUGAAAAGAUUCGUCAGGAUGAUACGAGUUCGUCCAUCAAUUUCCUGACUCGCGUUACUGGCAUUGGGCCAUCUGCUGCAAGGAAGUUUGUAGAUGAAGGAAUUAAAACAUUAGAAGAUCUCAGGAAAAAUGAAGAUAAAUUGAACCAUCAUCAACGAAUCGGGCUAAAAUAUUUUGAGGACUUUGAAAAAAGAAUUCCUCGUGAAGAGAUGCUGCAGAUGCAAGAUAUUGUACUUGGCGAAGUUAAAAGAGUGGAUCCCGAAUACAUUGCUACAGUCUGUGGCAGUUUCAGACGAGGGGCAGAGUCCAGUGGAGACAUGGAUGUUCUUCUGACCCACCCAAACUUCACCUCAGAGUCAAGCAAACAGCCGAAGCUGUUACAUCGUGUUGUGGAGCAGUUACAGAAAGUCCAUUUCAUUACAGACACUCUGUCAAAGGGUGAAACCAAGUUCAUGGGUGUGUGCCAGCUUCCCAGUAAAGAUGGUGAAAAGGAAUAUCCACACAGAAGAAUUGAUAUCAGGUUGAUCCCCAAAGAUCAGUAUUACUGUGGUGUUCUCUACUUCACUGGGAGCGACAUCUUUAAUAAGAACAUGAGAGCACACGCCCUAGAAAAGGGUUUCACAAUCAAUGAGUACACCAUCCGCCCCCUGGGGGUCACUGGAGUUGCUGGGGAGCCCCUUCCAGUGGACAGUGAGCAGGACAUUUUUGAUUACAUCCAGUGGAGCUACCGGGAGCCCAAGGAUAGAAGCGAAUGAGGCCAGCCCCCCACCUCCCCAGCCCCCACCUACCCACCCCGGCUUUUCCCACUAGGAGUCCUAAUUUAUUUCUUAACCUUUGCUAUGUAAGGGUUUUGGUGUUUUUAAGUGAUCGCUUCUCCAGGCUUACCAUGUACUGUAGUCAAUAAAGCUCUUGAACUACUGAA